UUUACCCGCCGAUGUGGUCGCUGUUUCAGUUGCGCUUUUUUUUCUGCGGAAUUUCUCUGGUGCGAUGCGCGUGGCGAAUUGAAUCGGCCAUUUGGCAAUUAAAACUGAAAUCGAUUUGGCCGUGGCUCAACUUCGAAGAAAAGGGGCGUGGCUGGGGGCGCGGGGUCAGGUGUCACGUGUCGUCAGCACAAAAUAGCCCGAACUAUUGCCACCCGAGUCAUAAAUAUUUGGGUUAAUAAAAAGGGAAUAUCUGAUUACAUAAAAAAUGGUUUCACAACUGAAAGUCAAUUGAAUCUCUGUUCCUCCGUCACCGCGUCGCGAAGCCGUUAAAACUGCCGCUCCCAAACAUUCGCUGCGAUGGCCACCUCAUCGAUACUCGCCAAAAGCACAAUUAACAGCACAUCGCCACCGGCCACGCCCAGCAGCAGCGCCUCCCCCGGCUCCACACUGACCACCCGGAAGCGGACCUACGAGAUAGCCAUUGCCAUGCCCUCGUCCACCGCCUCCAGCAGCGCCACAAAGGUAACGGAAGUCCAGGAUCAGCGCACAAACAGCCCCGGCAAGUCCAAGAGCCGGCCCGGCCAACUGGAGAGCGUCCUGGUGGUCGGCGAGGGAGCCAGCGAGCCCACUACCUCGGCCACCACCCUGCGGGACAGCACACGCACCAUCUCACAGAGCGACGCCGACGAUGGCGGCGAAGCAGCGGCCGCCGAGGACCUGCUGCCCCCACAGUCGGAUUACCUCAACGGCGUCAAGCGGAAGUACGUCCCGCAGCAGCAGGCGUCGCCGAAUCACCGGGUGGUGCCCGCAUCCACCUCGCAGCAAUUCUUCAGCGGAGCCUCCGAUUUUGCUACAAUUUGCAAGCCGGCGCCCUACUCUCACGACGAGGAGGCCAUGCUGGAGCGGGAUAGGUGUGACUACACUCAGAGGAUCACCUACCAAAUGGCCCGCUCCGGACAGACGACCCGCAGGGUGAGGGUCUACGCCGAUGGCAUCUACGAUCUGUUCCACCAGGGCCACGCCCGCCAACUAAUGCAGGCCAAGAAUAUCUUUCCCAACGUGUACUUAAUUGUGGGCGUGUGCAACGAUGAGCUCACCCACCGCAUGAAGGGUCGCACCGUGAUGAACGGCUUCGAGCGAUACGAGGGAGUGCGUCACUGCCGCUAUGUGGACGAGAUCGUCCAGAAUGCGCCAUGGACUCUGUCCGAUGAAUUCAUCGCCGACAACAAAAUUGACUUUGUGGCCCACGACGACAUUCCGUAUGUAACCGAUGGCAUGGACGACAUCUAUGCUCCUCUCAAGGCGCGCGGCAUGUUCGUGGCCACGGAGCGCACUGAGGGCGUGUCCACCUCGGACAUCGUGGCCCGGAUCGUCAAGGAUUACGAUCUGUAUGUGCGUCGUAAUCUCGCCAGAGGCUAUUCGGCCAAGGAACUCAAUGUGUCGUUCCUGUCCGAGAAGAAGUUCCGGCUGCAGAACAAGAUGGACGAGCUGAAGUCGCGCGGCAAGCGCGAGCUGAGCAAGGUGAAGGUGGACAUCAUCACCAAGUGGGAGGAGAAGUCGCGCGAGUUCAUCGACACCUUCCUGCUGCUGUUCGGACGUGAGAACCUGAAUCACUUGUGGAACGAGUCGAAGGGCAAGCUUCUGCAGGCACUCAGUCCGCCGGGCAGCCCGUCGGGAUCCGUAAACGGUGAUGACACGGAGGGCGGCGAGGACUACAGCGAAACUAUUGACGAGUACUUGGAAAUGGCCGAGAAGUUGAGCGGGGGCAGCGGCAGCGGCAGCAGUGGAUCGCUGAACGGCAAACAGAGGCCGAAGCAGAAGCGCUCCUCGCUGGCCCGCCGCAGUUACCAGAGUCUGCAGAGCCGAUCACCCGACCUGGAAGCGGAUGGGGACGAGGAUGCGGAUGCGGAGUACGAGCGGCGCAGCGAUUGAUUCUAGUGCGGGCCAGCCCGAUCUUUUCUUCUUCUCUUAAUGUCUUUGAUGCUAUUGUGAAUGGACUUGUUUGCAACUAGUUCGACGGCACACUAUAGAUGCCCCAGGAUCGCCACGCAGGCUCCACGAACACACACUUAUAUUUACUCUAGCCCUAAGUGGUACUGUAAUCCCAAUGUUUUAGUUGGCACUCGUUCCCCUCCUUCCUCAACUCCACCUGCCCAUCUCCAUCUGUGAGAAUCGAGGGAAUCCUGUAGCUAAUUCAGUUGUGUGUGUGGGACAAGCAACCACCAACGCGGAAAAGACUCAUUUUUGUAUUAGGCACUCGGCGGACUGUGCACGAAAUCAAUCGGCAGUGGCGGCAGAUUCAGGUGCCGAAAGUAUCUAGAAAUAUUUAUAUUAAAUUAUUUCGCAUAACAUUAAACUAAGUUAACACACCGCAACCAGAACACCAACCAAUAUAGAGAAAUCCAAACAAAUUACGAAAUACAUUCGGAAAAUGCAAAAAAAAGAAAACAAGUAAUUAGUAACAGUUGGCAAUAGCGGAACUAUUGCAAAUGCUUUGUUAAAUAUUUUUUGAAAAAUAAACAUUGAAUCGAAAGGAAAUAGAAGUAA